GACGCGUGUUUGCGAUCGAAAGGUCUCCCUCGACCAGCAAGCAGGCCGCAGGUUCCGUUCCUGCGCCCACCAUCCCUCUAAAAGGGCGCGAUAUGCAAAGUAACCAGGAUGGAACCGCCCUUGUGUUUUCAGACAUCAUGCAUACACCCUCACCCUCCCCAAGGCCUUCACCGCCAUUGGUGCAAAGCUCUCAACAAAUUGAGCCUACGAGUAUUUUGGCAGGACCGUCCAAUCAUGUCAUGCCACCACCCUCCCAUUGGACUGGAUCAACGGAGCCAGAGCCCCUAAACCAGGCCGAUAUAGACAGCAUGCGAACCAGACUGCAGGAGUUGAGUUUAAUGAACUCCGGUGACUCAGACAAAGUCUCUCCUCGAGAGAAUGAGCUCAUACAGAUGGUUCUUCGAUUAACUUCUCACCCACCAACGUUUCCCGACCCCAUGCAAUUAGCUGUUCAAGCCGAUAUAAUUGCUGGCUUAACGCAGCAAAGAAAUUUUCUGCUCGAAGAGAAAGCCGAGGAACAACAACGUUGGGAAGCCGAGCGUGAGGGUUGGGAACGUAUGGCUGAAGCGCUGAUAGGUAAGCGCAAAGCUGCAGCCGAUGCUUCAAGCUUGGAUGACGAUACCCAACGCCACAUUUCGCGACUGGCGGAUGAUAACAAAGCGCUUAGACAAAAGCUGAGUGAGACGCAGCAGCGUCUGACAUCACUGGAAUCAGAUUUGAACCGUCUUCGCCCUUUGCUCCUCCUGCAAACCUUUGCCGCACGACCUGAUGCAGCGAGUUCAUCGGUUCCGCCAAAGCAAACAACCACCAGAAGAAAACGAAAAGGACAAGAGUCGUCAUCGCAGGUCGAUGAUGGUGAUAUCGCCAUGAUUUCCAGCCAAGCUACCGAAAUCCUGACUGAUGUGAACGCCUCGCAAUUCGCAUCUUCUUCUCGGUCUCAAACGCAUUACCGUUCCACCAGAGACUUAGAACCUGAAGUAUCCCAGACUCCCGGACGGAAGUCCAAGAAAAUCAAGAGCGAGCCUGUCACUACUGGACUGGGCCAGAUGCCGGCAACACCUCUGUUGUCAGACGCCCGUUCCGAGAUGUUGCUCUCUGCUGCACGUAAGAUUGGAAGACUAAGAGCUGGAGUCGUAGCGGGACUCACGAAGCAACCCGAACCUGAACCUGAGAGGAUUAAGGACACUGACGGUCGUAAACGUCGACCAAGAGGAGGGAAGGACAAGCAAAAAGCAGCCUCAGCUGCCCCACCUACUCCUGGUCCCUCAACCUCUCGACGAGCUAACUCAAACGCAGCAUCUACACCACGCACGCCUCGCCGCACAGCUACUGCUCCCAACCUUCGACAACAAUCACACCUUCCAUCACAUCUUCAUCCCUCGAUCUCACAUCCAACAGGGAUCGUUUAUAUCAACCCAGCUGUCCCACCUGUAACUGUCCCGAUGCAUGCAGGCGCACCAGGCGUACCCGUCUUAGUCCCUCUACAAGCAGCACCACCUGGUUCAUGGCCUGUUCAUCCUGGCACACCUAGUGGUAGGCAGCAGGCUCAGAAUGCAAACUUUCAGACGCCUCCGAGCACGCGUACACAAAAAUCACGCAACGGAGGGAAGGGCGGUGAAGACGACACGUCUUCUCAAGGCCCUGGGACACCGUUUAACUCAUUAUUGACUGCGGCUAGGACGUUGAUGGUGGACGAGGCCUUUGACGAUUUCGAUGAUGAUGCUCGAACAGAAAUUGCGGAUGGCGCCGCUACUCCUCGGGGGGAAGGUUCUUUGGGUUCUUUUACUCCUAGACGAAGACGACGAGGAGAGCCCGCGGACACCAUGGAAAGUCCGAUCCAGAACAAACGAAGAAAGCUAGCAGCCGCAAGCUCGUUACCCUCCACUUCGUUGACUUCUACUCCCGAGAAGGGUAGAAUUCCUGCAAUGAGGGUGAGAAGUGCACUGGACGUCCUCGCGGAUCAGGCUGCGCAGGAGCAGGAGAGGAGACCUUCCGUUGAUCCCUUGAGUCGGCGGCCUAGUGCCGAACCAGAACGAGGACCUGCAGCUCCCAAUGGCAGGUCUGCAAAGGGCAAGGGCAAGGCAACUGAUCUGUCGAAUUCCUUUCCACUAACUACAUCCAUGGGUGAUAUCACCGCACCACGACGUCUGCCUUCUGCACCGCCAAUAGCAACGUCUCCAUCGGAAAGUACUUACAUGCAAAGCUUAAGCGAUAUAAUCAAUGGGCACAACACCAACAUAGCUGGAUCGAUACCCAUCCGACCUUCAACACCACCGAAUAGAUCCACGCGAGCCGCCAGCGAAGAACCGAGCCCAAGUCGAAGGUCACGGUCUCAGAAGAAAUCGCAGCCACAGGCAAAGCGUACGGAAAGGGCAAACUUGGGCACCCCUCGGAAGAUCACUGUCAUCUCAGUCCAACCAUCGAGCACCGACAGCAAUCCUGAUAGUCAAAGCUCAGGGAACGCAUAGUUGGAUAUAUCAUAAUUUGGCAACAUUGCAUUCUGAGGGAUAAUGGUACGUUGUAAUGACUCAAACCCACAAAGCUUCCUCAUCCGUGGACACAGUUCAGGGUCAGAUUGAUAUUCAUCUAGCAGCCAUCGUUGAGGAUGAUUUGGUUGAUAUCUAUUCAUAUAUUGUACAGUGUACAUUGUCCUUUCACGUCGUUCUUUGCAAACGGUGCUCUCAUUCAAUUACCCCAACCAUCAUCUUCGGUCCCCUGUUCAUUUGAAUUCGUAUGUCAGGUCGGGAGACCAUUCGAAUACCCGAAGCGAGAGAAUUUCGCGUUUCUUUAAGGCUGGCAAUCUUGCGAACGUAUUCGACAG